CGAGCACAGCUGCACAACAUAUCCGAACAUGGCGAUGCACGUUCCAAAAGCUCCGGGCUUUGCCCAAAUGUUAAAGGAUGGAGCUAAGCACUUUUCUGGUUUGGAAGAAGCAGUGUACAAGAAUAUUGAUGCUUGUAAAGAGCUUUCAAGGACAACCAGAUCUUCCUUCGGACCACAUGGUCAAAACAAGAUGGUCAUUAACCACAUUGAGAAGCUGUUUGUCACAAACGAUGCAGCAACCAUCUUACAAGAGCUUGAGGUCCAACAUCCAGCAGCCAAGAUGCUUGUUCUCGCUACUCACCAGCAAGAACAGGAAGUAGGGGACGGAACCAACUUUGUCCUCGUGUUUGCUGGCGCCCUUCUGGAACAGGCAGAGUUCCUGUUGAGAAUGGGCUUAUCAGUGACAGAGGUUACAGAAGGCUAUGAACUGGCAUUGAAAAAGGCCCUAGAAAUUCUUCCAGACCUGGCAUGUGAGAAUCAGAAAGAACUGCGCGAGCAAAAGGCGGUCACGCGCGCCAUCCGCACCUCGGUUAUGAGCAAGCAGUACGGACACGAGGAUUUCCUCGCUAAACUCAUCGCUGAUGCCUGUGUCUCAGUUAUGGCGCAGAAAUCAACGUUCAAUGUGGACAGUAUUCGUGUCUCCAAAAUCUUGGGAGCUGGUGUCCUCCAAUCAUCACUUGUCCAGGGUAUGGUGUUCCGAAGAGCCGUGGAAGGGGAGGUCACAAAGAUGUCCAAGGCAAAGAUCGUCGUCUACUCCUGUCCCCUUGAUAUUAUGCAGACAGAGACAAAGGGAACAGUAUUAAUCAAGAACGCAGAAGAGCUGAUUAAUUUCAGCCAAGGAGAGGAGAACUUUGUCGAACAACAAAUCAAGGCGAUAUCUGACACAGGAUGUAAGGUGAUCGUGUCUGGAGGGAAGGUUGGCGAGAUGGCGACCCACUUCUGUAACAAGUACGGCGUCCUCGUACUGCGUCUCAUGUCCAAGUGGGACCUGCGUAGGCUGUGCAAGGCUGUCGGAGCUACGCCCCUUCCAAGAGUGACUGCACCCACUGUGGAAGAGUCUGGAUACUGUGAUAAUGUGUACUUGGACGAAAUUGGUGACACCCCCGUCAUCGUCUUUAGACAAGAUAAGGCAGAGUCUGCCAUCACCACCAUUGUAAUCCGAGGGUCCACAGACAACAUCAUGGACGACAUGGAGAGAGCCGUAAAUGACGGUGUUAACACGUACAAGGCACUUACCCGUGACGUUCGCAUGGUACCCGGUGCAGGGGCUACAGAGAUUGAAGUAGCAAAGCAGAUCACCACCCUCGGAGAAAGCACGCCUGGACUUGAGCAGUAUGCGAUUAAGAAAUUCGCUGAAGCCCUGGAAGUGGUGCCGAGGACGAUCGCUGAGAAUGCUGGUGUUAAGGCGACAGAAGUAUUGUCCCUGUUAUAUGCGGCCCAUCAGGAGGGUAAGAAGAACGUUGGUGUUGACAUCGAGGCCGUGGGAGCUGGAGUGUGUGAUGCUGCCGAUAAAGGAAUUCUAGAUCUCUACCUCGCCAAGUACUGGGGACUCAAGUUUGCUACUGCUGCUGCUUGCACAGUGCUUAGAGUGGAUCAGAUCAUUAUGGCCAAGAUGGCUGGUGGCCCAAAACCCAAGGCUGGCGGAGCAAGAGACGAUGACGAUUAGUGAGUGAACAAGACCAUGGACAUUAUAGGUCCCUUCGUCUCCCUUAGAAAACAGCUUUCUUGCACUCAGCCAAUGAGCUAGCAAUAAAUUAAAUUAAACGUAUUGCAGUAUGCCUUUGUAAGUUUUUGGCAAGAUGUCUAAUUGAUGUAUUAUGCCACUAAGUGUGCUUUAAAUGAACAAAUGUUUCCAUUUUAUUGAAUUGUCUUAUUUAUUAUGGAGAUUAAUUUUAAGAAAAUAUGUUUGUUAACAACGUUAAAUGAUAUGUGCUCAUUUUCAUUGAUUUGAUUACCAAUUUGCUUAGGAGACUGUUGUAUUCAAAUAGACUCCAGCUUAUUGUGACAUUUUACUCAAAACCAUAUGUCAAAUCAUGUCUUUAUUCUCUUUUUUAAGUCUUCAUUACUAUGUUGAAUGAAAUAUAUAAAAGUAAAAAAAAUCCAAAAAAAAAUCAUGAAGACCUGAAUGUGUUCUGAUAUACGUGUUGAAAUUUCUGGAAAAGCACCAUGUCUCAUUAACAGAACUGAUGUUUGUGUUACACAUAAUUUGUGUACAUAAUGCAUUUUUGCAUUGUCUUGAGUUUUCAUUUUGCAUUAAUUUAUAGCUUUUUAUAUAAAAAAAACCUCAAAAGUGUUUCUAACACCAUUGUGAAUGAAUAAUAAAAUAUUUGAAAUCCA